UCAGCCCCUGCCGUGAUGCUCUUGAGCAAGGCACCGGACAUCCCUCCCGCUCUCCAUUGCUCCCCUGGCGUUGUAUAAUAGCUGCCCACUGCUCCUAGUACUAUGAAUAUGAUAAAUGCAGAACUGUGUUUCAUCCUCCGAUUCUGAGCACUAGGGGGAGACAGAGACGGAAAAAAAGUCUGUGGGGCUGGACUUAUGACGUUUCUGUGACGGGGUUGUUUCUUCUGUUAAAGUCUGCCAUACUCCGGCUCCGGAGGCAGUGCAAGAGAAGAAGGCAGGGAGAAAGCAAGGAGAUGCAGACAACGAUCACACGGACCAGGAGGAUUAUUCAAGCAUUGUUCUUCAGCCAAAACUCUGGGAUCUAUGUCGACUUUGAGAAGUGUAAAUCACUUUCGACCUGUGGAUCCUAUUUGAACUUGGAAUAAUAAUAGUUGUUGGACAUAUUUACGCAGAGCUAAUUUCAUCGUAUUUCUUUUUUCGAAGCCAGAGAUGAUGUCCCAACACUGACAUGCCCCUUCCAUCCAGACCACCAAAUCUGCCCGAUGGCUCCACAGCAGUAACUGCACCACAGGGAGCAGAUCCACUACCCGUGGGAGCCGCUGGAGCCUCAGCGCAAACCUCCUGUCCCCCCGAUUCCCCCGGAGGAGUAGAGCCGGCCUCGCCCUCCGUGUGCAGAACCAGAGCCGGCUCCCCAGCUGCGGACAGCCUCGACGUGUUUCGGAAGAGAUCGAUUUUCAACUUCAAUCGCCGCACAUCCAGUGGAUAUUUCUCCUUCGAGGGAGACUCGCUGCCUGACUCCCCGCUCUCCCCUAAGGCAGUGACGGCUGACCGAGCCACGCAGACUCCGAGCCCCACCGGACAGGUGCUGAAACACGCCCUGCAGCGCGUGGCUGAGGCGCACGGGGGUGGACUCGGGACGCGCGUGCAGCACGGACGAUCUCUCAGCCCCUCUAGCACGCAGCAACGAAACGCAGCAAGGGACAUGCAGAGGGAGGAAGUCGGAAGAGAGCUCCGACGCAUUGGAGACGAAUUCAACAGACAUCUACUGCUCAGGGGUGCAGUGGAAAUAGGCUCCCUCAGAUCUCCCAUGGCGACAUUGUACCUUCACCCAGAAGGUUUACCCUCUGAUUACACCAUUUCUCUGAUGCUCCGCCUGCUUCCUGAGACCCCGCAGGAGCCCUUUGCAUUGUGGGAAAUCCUCAAUAAGGAUAAGGAGCCAUUAGUGGGAUUAAUCCUGGACAACUCUGAAAAAACACUGACGUUCUUCAACUACGACUACAAAGGAGACUUCCAGACUGUCGCCUUUGAAGGAACUGAAAUCCAAAAAAUCUUCCAUGGCAGUUUCCACAAGCUCCAUGUAACCAUCAGCAAGACGUCUGUGAAGGUGGUGUUGGACUGUUCAGCGGUCGAGGAGAAACCAGUCAGCGCGGCUGGAAACAUCACCACGGAUGGAGUGGAGAUCCUUGGAAGGCUGGUUCGGUCCAGAGGCAGCCGGGACAACUCUGCUCCAUUCCAGCUCCAGAUGUUUGACAUCAUCUGCAGCACAUCCUGGGCCAGCAGAGAUAAGUGUUGUGAGCUGCCAGCAUUGAGAGUAGAGGAGCAGUGCCCUUCCUUGCCUCAUGCCUGUACCUGCUCCCAGGACAGCAAAGGACCUCCAGGACCUUCAGGACCCCCUUAUUCACUGCUGCCCCUUCCCUACUGCUUUCAAUGGAAACACAUUUGGAAGGAAUUCAGCCCGAGCACGCUGCUAGAAACAUCAGAGUGUGACGCUGCAGCUAUUCUGCAACAGUAA